CUCGUCUCAAUUGCAUUCCAGCGCGCGUUCGGUGCGGAUACGGUUACGAUUACGGCGGACAAAAGAUACGGAUACAGAAAACCGAACGCCACUAUUUUGGAUUAUCAGUGAAAGUGAUUAAAAAUAUCAACAAUAAGGUGGCAAUGCACAAUUAAAAACACAAGCCAAGUGAUUAAAACAAAGUUCCUAUAAAAUAAAAAAAAACCUAUAUUGUGAAAUAUAAAUUUUACUGAGAAGUUUAUCUAUAAUUUGCCUGGAUUUUUGGAUUAUUUUAAAAACUGUGGAUUAUUUAUUAAAAGCAAUGGCAAACAUGCAACAGAUGCAACUCCCACUAGAUGGAGACCUAACAGACCUCCAGACCCCACCCCUGCCCAUCAAUCCACCGCCCAAGGUGAUGGCCAGUGGCAUUGUCUACGGAUUUCGCACCCGCCACUUGUCCUGCAUCGAGGAGAAUGACUCGGACUCCUUGCACGGAUCGUCCAUUCCACAUGCCUAUGAUCUGAUGCAGCAGGCGGAUGAGACCUUCCAGAAGCUCAACACCAACAAGGAGGAGGAGGACGAUGUGGACGGAGAGUCCGGCAGCGAGGAUGAAGGUAACUUGGAUGACACCAUUGCCAUGAUCGACGAAUCGCGUCUCUAUGAGGCCGACUAUCUGGAUGAGUUGGUGGCCGAGGAGCAGCUGGAGGAACAUUUGGAGGAGUCCUCCGAGCUGGCCGACUCUGGCAAUGUGGAGGAAGACUUCUGGCAGCCGAGCUUCAACCGGAACGACAUUAUGAUGACCUCUGUCUAUGGGACUCUGAAUCCCGAAACAUCCUCCAACGCACCGCCGGCCUACGCGGAGUGUGCCACACCCAGGAAAGAGGCGGAGCCGGUUUAUGCCACGCCGGAGAAGCGACGGGCCAGCAAUCGCAGCUUCGACUCCACCUGCGCCUCCAUGACUAGUUCUCUGUAUGGUGGCUCCAUGAACUCCUCUUUGGAUUUGAAGUACGCCUCCUUGAAUGGCGAUUUGGGUGGCGGGGGAGGCAUCAGCGGAACCAGCACCCUGCGAGGCAACUCAGUGCCUCCCAUGGACAUCUCCAUGAUGUCCAGCUGUGACGGAGUCAGCGCCCUAGACUGGGGAUCGGCGAGUGUCAACUGUGUCCUGGACUCGGGCGAUGGAAAUCCCGCCGAGGAGUUGACGGAGGAAAUGGCUGCCAAGUGCCUGAGUGCCGCGGAAAGUGAUCUCCAGUCCAUUCGACGUCUCCUGGAACACGAUGCCUCUGGCUCGGUCUGCCCCUCCUGCCGCAUAUCCUUCGACAAGGGCAAAAGACGGAAACUGAUCGACACCUGUGGCCACGAACGGUGCUAUUCCUGUAUGUUCCGCAACGAUCAGUGUCCCAUGUGCAUGAACAGUUCGCUGAAAGAUGUGGAUGGCGCCAACGCUCAGGGGUAUGACACCGGGAUCGGUGGCUCCACGUCGACGAUUGUGAGUCCGCUUGGAUCGCCGCAGCCGCAGCUCAGAUCGCAUGCGCAGCGGAACGCGGCACUGGCGCGCUACAUGCAGCAGCACCGCCAGGAGUCGCAGUCGCCGGAUUACCACCACCGCUAUGCCAGCAAUGGAAAAUUGCCCCGGGCGGCGGCCUCCACCAAUGGCAAUGGCACCACACAAACCGUCACAGUCGAUGUGCACCAUCACCAGAAUGGUGGAGCCACCAAGCAGUUCAUGGCCAGCAACGGCAACAACAACAACAACAGCAACCACAUUGGCAGCAUCAACCACAGUCGCAGCAGCAGUCUGAGCCACAACAUCCAUGCGGUGGCAUACAGCGAACUGAGUGCCGCACCACCGGCCUUUGCCACACCACCCACGCGAAGGCGGUUCUUCAACCACAAGAAUCUGCGCAACGCUCUCACCGGCUCCAGUGGAGGCGGAGCGGGAGGUGGUGCUGGAGGAGGCGGCGGCCACAGACGCACUGCCUCCAAUGGAGGUUGUCCCAUUGACACGGCAUCGAUCCUAUCCGGCGAUCACCAUCACAAUCAGCACCAACAUGACCCUGAGCAGCAGGUCACCGGCAAGGAAUCGAACGCCCUCAAUACCUCCACAUGCUCGGAUUCGGCGGUCACCCGGCGGCGUCGUAAGAACGUGAGCAACCACAACCUGAAGACCACCUCCGCCCAGCAUGGGGCCAGCAGUGAGAACCGCCUGAACAGGCUCAGCCUGGCAGGGACCUCCGUCUAUGCCGGACAUCUGUCGUCGUUGGUCUUCGGGAAGAUCAAGUCCUUGUGGAGCGUCAACUCCUCCAACUCCAGCGAGACGGGAUUGAAUCAACUAUCAGGAAGCGACGCCUUGGACCAUUCUCACCAUUCCUCGUUGUUGAACGAGAAACUCCAGAAGGAUCAGCUCCAUGCCCGCCUAGGACUCCUCCUCAACGAUCCGGGAAGCAAUGGCAAUACCAGCAGUAGCGGCAGUGGUUGCGACCCCAUCUCAGUGCACUCCACCGCCAGUACCACCAGCAGCAGCGGCGUGGGAGCUGCCAGCACCACCACCAGUGGCUCCUCCCAGAACACCAGCCCGGAGCAGACGCUGACCAUCGGCGGUGGGCUUUUUAGUGGGAGCCAACUCUCGGUGGCCACCAGCCAUGUGAAGGAGGAUGCUCUGAGCUUGUGCGGCAAGUUUAAGGCUGGCUGCUCCAUGUUGCAUGUAUACGAACCGCUGCCGAGCAAGGGCAGGAAGGGACCAGCUCGGAGGUCCACCCGAGGACAGCAGGGUACCUCCAGCUCCUCUACGGCAGCGGCGUCGGCAACUGGAGGAUCCAGAGGACUCACAGCCUCCACUUUGGCGGCUGUCCAAUUGGCUCUUAAGCCCCUCUUCUUUGAGGUGCCCCUCCAGGAGCCAGAUCCUCCGUACUUGGGCCGUCAAUGGCUGGUCCAGCAGCUCUCCAACAUCCUGCUAGGCACCGAAACCCGGGUGGUUCUGAUCAACGGACAGCCGGGCACCGGAAAGACCGCCUUCUGCCUCCAGCUAGUGGAGUACUCCUGUUUCGGUCGCCGCCAGAUGCAGGACGACCCUGAAGGCAUCUACAGCCAGCUACAACUUGGCGCCCACUGCGAGCGAAUGCGGGGACUGGCCUCCCACAUGGUGGGUUAUCACUUCUGCCAGGCGGACGCCAACCUAACCUGCCAGGUGCCGGACUUUGUGCACUCCCUGGCCGCUCAACUGUGCCAGGCUCCGCAGCUGACCGCCUACAGGGACUACCUCCUGUCCGAGCCCCAUCUCCAGGACAUCCUGAGCGUUCGCGAGUGUAUAGCCGAUGCGGAGCGAGUGAUGAAACUUGCUAUUCUGGAGCCACUUGCCCAGCUGCACCGAGCCGGCAAGAUUCCGGCGAAGGUGGCUGUUAUCGUGGUGGAUGCCUUGUGCGAGGCGGAGUACCAUCGCCCGGAUCACGGACACACCAUUGCCAGCUUCCUGGCGCAGCUCACUCCACACUUCCCGACCUGGCUGAAACUGGUCGCCACUGUGCGCACCCAAAUGCUGGAGCUGGUGAAGGCUCCAAGCUAUACGCAACUUACCCUAGACAGCUGGACCAGUAGCCAGGCCCUGCAGCAAGAUAUGCUGGACUACAUUGCCGCCCGGCUGGCAGACAGCCCGGAAAUCAGGAUGAACAUCGGCGGCGGAGGAGUAGCCGGUGCCCAGUCCUCGCAGGGAUCUCAAUCGCAGACGAAGUUUGUCUCCCACUUGCAGACCUUGAGCCGGGGCUCCAUGCUAUAUGCCAAGCUCAUACUGGAUCUCAUUGCUCGGGGCCAGUUGGUGAUUAAGUCCUCUAGCUACAAGGUGCUUCCAGUGUCCCUGGCCCAGAUCUUCCUGUUGCACUUCAACCUGCGCUUCCCUACCGCCCGGAGCUUCGAGCAGGCGGCUCCCAUUCUGAACAUCUGUCUGGCCGCCCUCUAUCCCCUGACGCUGGACGAGAUAUACUACAGCAUGGAAGCCCUGGGUCACGGCCAAGAACCGCUCAGUUGGCCGGAGUUCAUGCAGCGCUUCAAGUUGCUAGACGGAUUCCUUAUUAAGAGGUUGGACAAUACUUACAUGUUCUUUCACAGUUCCCUGAGGGAAUGGCUGAUGCGGCGGGAUGAGGGCGAGUCGAGCAAAUUCCUGUGCGAUGCGAGACUGGGCCACGCGGCUAUCGCCUUCCGACUGUCCCGUCUGCAGGCUCCACUCUCGCCCCAACUCACACUGGAGCUGGGCCACCACAUGCUCAAAGCUCAUCUCUACGGAGGCUGCAGUCAGGCGGUGCUGUCGCCGAGGGACUUACAGUCCUACUGGCUGGCCGGAGCGGCGGACAACAUCUCCGGAUCACUGGGAGCCUUGCGCAACGUCUACAGUCCAAAUCUGAAGGUCUCACGCCUGGUGCUCUUGGCCGGAGCCUCCCCGAAUCACCGCACCGACUACAUGGGCGGAGCACCCAUCCUAUGCAUCGCCGCCCAUGAGGGCAUCCUGCCCAUGGUGAGCCUGCUGCUGGAAUUCGGCGCCGACGUGGGUCUGACCAACAGCCAAGGCUGCACCCCGCUCAUCCUCGCAGCCAUGCGCGGCCACUGCGAUGUGGUGCGUCCUCUGGUGGCCGCGGGCAGCAGCCUGGGCCAGCUGGACAUCACCCAGCGGUGUGCUCUGGUCCAUGCCGCUCGCAUGGGACACCUGACUGUGGUCAAAUACCUUCUAGCUUGCGACUGGACGCCACGUCCCCACUCCCAGGACGUGACCCGUGCAGUGGCCCUGCAGCAGGCCCUGAUAGGGUCUGCGGCCCAGGCCCACUGCAAGAUUUUGGAGGACCUGCUGGACCUCAACGAGAGUGAGUUUGAUCUGGAUGUGAACGGAAUGGAGCCGAGCAGCGGUGAGCUAGCCUUGACCGCCGCCGCCCGCCACGGUUGCGUCGACGUGGUGGGCAUACUGUUGUCUCGCGGCGCUCAGAUCGAUGCCCGGAACAGGCAGGGGUAUUCAGCGUUGUGGUUAGCCGUCAAGGAAGGACACUGGAGCGUGGUAGAGCAGUUACUGCAGCGUGGAGCCCUGCUGGAUGAGCCUCUGGGCCAAUCCAGAAAGACUCCCUUGAUGAUAGCUGCAGAGGAGGGACACUUGGAGCUGGUGGAACUCCUCAUAGCUAGAGGGGCCUACCUGGAAGCACAAGAUCACGAAGGAUUCACGGCACUGAGCUGGGCUUGCCUGAGGGGACACUUGUCGGCGACCAAGACCCUCAUCGAGAACGGCUGCAAUCGCCAUCACGAAGACCACAACGGACGAACUGCCCUUGAUCUGGCGGCCUAUCAGGGUGCCGCCGGUCUGGUGCUUUACCUUCUGGAGCAGGGUGGAAACUUGGAGCACAUAGAUGUACAUGGAAUGCGGCCGCUGGAUCGCGCCAUUGCCUGCCGCAACAUCCAGGCGGUGCAGGUGUUUCUGCGCAAAGGCGCCAAGCUGGGACCCACUACAUGGAGCAUGGCCAUGGGCAAGCCGGAGAUUCUCGUGGUGCUGCUCAACAAACUGCUGGAGGACGGCAAUGUGUUGUACCGGAAGAACCGCUUCCAGGAGGCUGCCCACCGGUAUCAGUAUGCCCUGCGCAAGAUAUCCGGCCUGGAGCAGCUCCUCGAACGGAACGCGGUCUUUGCCCAGCUGCGGACUAAUCUUCUGCUGAAUCUGUCGCGAUGCAAGCGAAAACUGAAUGAACUUGAUGCCUCGAUAGAUUUAGCCACGCAGGCGAUUGCCCAGAAGCCACACAGCUACGAAGGAUACUACGCCCGGGCGAAGGCGCGCAUGGAGCUGGGUGCCCUGAACGAGGCCCUGGUGGACGCCAACGAUGCCAUGCAGCAGGCCGCCCAGAGCGGAGUGCUCUGCGAGGUGGUCGAGGUACUAAAGCGGAUUCAGACCGAGCUACUUACCCGCAUCACCAUCAGCAGCGAGGAGCGGGAGCCCGGAAAGCUGGCGCAUAUCGGCGGCGGAACCUCCUCCUCGUCCGUCUAUGAAUCUCACCACGAGAUCACCGAUUUGUAAAUGUCGAUUGUUGUUUAUUCGAAUUAAUCGGUAUACACAAUAUAGAGAUGUCCUUUUAGGUCUAAUGUUUGCUAUUUAUUGCCUUCAAAUGUUUUUUUCAGAGAAAUAUUUCUCUAAUUCAUUUAAUAGCCUACUUUGUAACUGUAUCUACGCAUGUAAAAAUUAGUUGUAUACAAAUGCCUAAUUUAAGCUUCAGUUCUUAUUAAUACAUUUUAAAAAUAUACUUUAA